AAUUGAUUUUCCUCAUUGGCCAAAACAUAUUGGAGGAUCUGACGGUGGAUUUUGAGUAAAUCCGUCAGAAGGUGGGGUUGGAUCAGGGCUAUAAAUUGUGGAACAAACCCAAUGGGUUAGUAAGACAGAGGGAGGCCGAAAGACACACACAAACAGACAGAGAGAGUGGGAGAAAAAGGAAGCAGAAGAGAAGAGGAAAUGAUUUAGUUUUUUUUUUUUUCCCCUCCAUUUGACGUCAGACUUUAUAUAUUUUUCACAGGAGUCUGCAGAUGCGAGGCCUGUAAGGUGUUUUUUUUUUUCCUCCAAAUCUAUAACCUCUACCAAAAGACUGAAGCAAAGAAGAGAAAGUCAAAGCCAUGGGGCGGUCAGUGGAACUGGAGGUCGCCAUGCAGGGCAAAAUGGAAAUAGGGCGACCGAAGACUUGGCUGAAUGAAUUCUCACGAGUGGGAGUUGCUGAAUUCCUUUCAACAUAUAUCAUGAUGACAUUAGGUCUGGGUUCGGUGGCCCAGGUUGUGACUGGCAAAGGAGGAUUUGGAACGUUCUUCAGCAUCAACGUUGGCUUUGGCCUGGCUGUUGCAAUGGGGGUUCAUAUUGGAGGAACUGUCUCCGGGGCUCAUAUGAAUGCUGCAGUCUCCUUCGCAUUGUGUGUUUUCGGCCAGCUGCCAUGGAAGAGGCUCCCCUUGUACGUUUUUGCUCAGCUAAUUGGGUCGUUUCUUGCUGCAGCAACAGUUUAUGGUAUUUACUAUGAUGCCAUUUCUUCUUAUUCUGGUGGAAACCUGACUGUUACUGGAGAAAGAGCCACGGCUGGGAUCUUUGCCACUUAUCCAGCACCAUACCUCUCUGUGUUUGGUGGCUUUGUUGACCAGGUGUUUGGCACGGCCAUACUGCUGCUGUGUCUGAUGGCUCUAUCUGACGAAAAGAACAAACCAGCUGCCAAAGGGGCUGAAUCUAUCUUUGUGGGUCUCCUGGUGACCCUCAUUGGCAUUUCUUUGGGCAGCAACAGUGGUUAUGCCAUCAACCCCACCAGAGACUUUGGACCUAGGCUCUUCACUGCAAUGGCAGGCUGGGGUUUUGAGGGCUGGAAAGAGCUGGUUCUGGGUCCCUAUACUGGCUACUCCCCUAGGUGCAGUGCUGGGAGCAGGGGUUUACAAGGUAUGUGUACAAAUGCACCACCCACCCGUCUCUGAAGAGUACCUGGCGAAGGAUCCCAUUGAGGAAUAAUCUCUCCCUCCAAAGAAGAAGCGAAACAUCUGUUCCACAUGAAACUUGAAAAAAUGGAAACAACAAAGAGCUUGUACAGCUGUGAUGAUCUGAGGAUGCUGUUGAAACAUGCUGCACGACCUUCCUGAAUCACUUGAACAAUACCUGCAUUGUCCAUAAUUUCAAAAAAAUUAAACCAAUUUGCAAAGUU